AUGUAGGGAUUUGAGUUUUCAGCUAUGCUUCAUUCCUUGAAAUUAGAAAAGAAAUGGCUUAUGGUAGGAGGAAGCAUAGGUUUAGUUGGCUUAGUUGGAGUUUCAUAUUGGGUAUACUAAAAUUGCAAUAUCAAAAAGGAAGAAGUUAUAACUAACUUUUUGAAUAAGUAUAAAUUGAAUUAUGAAAAAUCACUCAUAGUUAAACCUAAAGAAAUUAAACAAAAACACAAUUGUGAAGAAACAGAGAAAAAAAUCAUUAAGGAUUUCAACCAUUCCAUUUCUAAGUUUAUCUAUAAAGGAAUCAAGCUUGAAAAAUUCUUUAGCAAAGUAAACUCUGAUGGUGAAUUUGCCAAAGAAUUUGGUCGUAGAUUCUACGAUUUAUUUGCUGAGUUAUUCAACUAGUUUUUAAAAUUUAUUUAAGAAUAAAUUAGACUUAGAUCUUUGCCAAAUUAUUUGUAUAUGAUUGAUCACAUAUUUGAAAUGAUAUUUGAUUAGCUAUUAUAGCAACUUAAAUAUUCUAACUAAUACGAAUGUGAGUUGUUAAGAGGACUUAUAGCUAGAACAUUCAAUCACAUGAUAUUAAGCGACUUGCUACAUUUGACUCAUGAUUUCAGAUCAAGCGUUCCACCUUCUCAUGCUUAACAGCAAUAUGAAACUAAUUAUUUUGAAAUUAUUAUCCGUUAUACAAAACUAAUGAGCAUAAAAACAUAAGAAAAAUUCUGUACUAUCUUAUAAAUGCUUGUUAGUUACGAUAAUCGCUUUUAAUUCUUUUUAUAGAUGUGUAUAGCUAAAAAUAUAAAUUUUGUUUCUUGUAUCGAUAGCAAUUUUACUUAAGCUCUUAAUGAACUUUCUACUUCUAGGUCAGAUGAAAGUACAUAGCACAAUUUCCAUAAUCAGCAUAUUUCCCAUCGUUAGGAUAUUUCUUUGCAGCAAUCUAUUCAUAAUGUUACUAAAGGUGGUCCAGGGUCUUCUCAUUAAACUCAAAACUUCAAAUCUCAAGGAUCAAUAACAUACACACAUUAAAACGAGCAUAGAAGAAAACUGAUACCUUCUCCAAUCUGCAGAAUUUUAAGCAGUGGCAUUAGUUAAAGCUGUGCAUAAUAAAUGAUACAAGAAGGAUUUGCAUUUAGAAUCAUUGAAAAUUUGUGUUAAUUAUCCUAAAAAAGCAGUAGUGAUCUUUAGGAUUUAGAAAAAGUUUUAUAGAAUUUAUUCCUAAUUAUCAUGAACAUAAUAGAAAACAAAUAAAACAAUUAACAAUUUUUCCAAGAAUAUAGAGAUGAUAUUUUAGAAUUGUUAUUAAAAUCUUUAGCAUUUUAAGAGACUAACGAAACAACAACAGUCAGUAACUCUAACAUAGUUGACUUAGUAAAUUGGAUGACAUUUAACAUAGACAUUAUAUUAAUUCGUGCAAAAUGCUCAACAUGGAUUUAAAAAAUACUCACUACUUUCCUCUGCUAGAACAAAACCUAAAUUCCUUAAGUAGGACCAUUUUAUCUUUAAGAAAUUCGCUGGAUUCAUAAAAUUAGAAGAGAUGAUAAACUCAAAGGAUUUCAACAGCUUGAAACAGACCUAUCAAUAACCACUUUGUUUCUCCAUUUAAUUCUUAACUCAAUGCAAGAAGUUCCCCAUAUGAAAAAUAUUAAUUAGCAUUUUAUUUAAUCCAUUCCCUUUGCAGAUGAUUAAGAAAGAUUUUUUAUAAUAAAAUCCUUCUCAUCCUUGUUACACAAUUACGUGUUUAUGAAAGAACUAUUUAUUUCUAUGCUGGAAAAGAGUUGCUAACAAUCAAAUCAUUUGAUUCUAACUUUUACUGAAUUUAAAAAUUUUUUCUAUUCUCCUGAAGGAAAAAAAUAUGAUGAAGUUUUAUUGGCAUUGUAAUUGAUGAUUCUUCUUGGAGGAGGAGAUAGUCUUUGUGACACAAUUGUAUAGAGAUGGUAGAAAGAUGCAGAAGAAUAUGAUGAUUUUAAGAUAUACAUGAGCAGUGAUAUAGCCUUUUUAUUAUAACUACUUGAAAAUGACAUUUGUUAUUUAAAUGUUAAUGCAAAUUGGUAAGAAUAAUUAAAAAGUUAUGAAUCAAAAGCAAAUUAUCGUAAUCACGCAUACAUGAAAGUUUAAAAGCUGAUCAUUAAUUAUUUGCAAAUAUUCGGACCUAUGGAAAAAGACAACAUUAAAGAUUAUAUUUAGCAUUAAAUUUCUCAACCAAUUUUAGACUCUGAUAAUAUUUUCGAAUCUGCUCUUGAAGAAGUAGCAGAAUAAACUUUCAAAACCAACCAAGGCAAUGGCAAUUUAUAUUAUAGUAAUCAUAGUAGCAAUAGUUAACACACAUAGAAUUUUAACACAUGUAGUAUGAAAUUUAAAUUAAAGGAAGAAUAUAAAAAUAAAUACUUCCAUUCACUUUUCAAUCGAGAUAUUCCUUAACUUUUGUAACUUUUGAACAAAAUAUAAUUGAAUUCCUAAGAAUGUAUUUCUUUGAAUUAGCAUGAUUUGAACAUUGAAUCAUAGCUUAAUGAACGCGAUUAACCUAUGGACUAUCUUAAAUAAGUUAGAAAAGUUAUUAUUGAAAAUAUUAAUCUCCACACAAAUUUCCUUGAAAUCUUCAUAGAAAACAUCCCAAUUUUCCUUGAAAAGCUAAGAGUCGUUUGCCGUAUUUUGAAUUACAUUUUCGAUGUAAUUGAAGAAGGUAUUUUAGAUUGCCGUGCAUCUAAAAAGCUAUAAAAAGAUAGUAUUAAAAGUCUCCUAGUUAAGUAUAUAUUUAAUCCCUCUUUAGCUGAAAAAAUACAAUAUGUAUCUGAAUUAACUGACGAGGAUGGAGCAUUGAUUGCUUAUUAAUUUAUUCCUACAUUAUAAAAUAUUUCUUACAGAAGAGAAGCCAUUAAAGAUCUUAUUAAAGAUAUCUUUAAGGGUGUUAAUAUAGCUGAAAUAAUAAUAUGA